AUGAGUUGUCUAAACAUGGUUAGAUGGUGGCCGAAGUUGUCGAGAUUAGGUCACUGGUGUAACGCCACGAGGCUCCACCUUCAUCGACUGGAAGAGUCAUAUAAAAAAAAGCGUGAAAGGGAGUGUAUUAAAUCUGAACAACGGUCAGGUGGUGGAGAAGUAGAUAGCAAGAUACUAACCCCAAUCGAAGAAAGAUUAAUGCGGCUAUUAUCUUGGAUAGCAGUGAAAGUGCUGAUGUACAAAAAAUGGUAUGAAGAAGUAGACAGCGAUGUGGAACCACUAGAUUCUGAUAAGGACUUAAGUGAUGUCGGUUCUGAACACAGUAUCCACAAUACAGAUUCUGAGCAGUCCUCACAAGAUCUAUCCAGUGAUCCUGAAGAUGCCAUGGAAGAAAGCGGUCAAGAUGAUGGUUAUCCAAAAUUUUAUGGCAAGGAUAAAACACCAUGGUUGAAACAUAAGAAACACACUCCAAAGAUAAUGUCAGACUCGCAGGAAUUUGAAAAUAAAAUGGACGUUAACGCAUCUAGUACUUCCGUGACUCCAAGAACGCCUCCGAAUUGCGCUAGGUGUCGGAAUCACAGGAAAAAAAUUGCGCUAAAGGGACAUAAGCGUUACUGUCCGUAUCGCAUGUGUAAGUGCGAAAAGUGCAGGUUAACUACAGAACGACAACGAGUUAUGGCUAUGCAAACAGCGCUCAGAAGAGCACAAGCUCAGGACGAGGCCAUGUUAAGGAGCACUUCCACAAAUCCAGACGACUUGGGUAUGAUUCCUUUGACUCAACACAGCCCACCACCAAUUACCUCCAUGAAACGACACAUCGACUGUGAUUCCUCCGAUUCAGAGCAACCUCCAACUAAGCUAUUGAAGAUGGCAUCUACUCCUUUAGCGCAACAAAGUCCUCCUAUAAGUCCAUUAAAACGGCGUUUACCUGAUUGUGAUUAUUCUUCUUCCUCUCAUUGUGCUGAUCAAAACUCCAAUAAGGCCAUGAAGUUAACUCCAAACAGUGAAAUUCCUUCCACCACCGUUAACAUCAGUUCAAUGAGCGAAUGUCACUCAUCUUAUUCUGAAUUUAAUAGAGACUAUACAAGUACCUUGCACUUCGAAGGGCCAAGAAAUAAUAAGGACGAAUUGUGUUGUGGUCGAAUGCGCAUCGUGGGUGAAGCCUAA